AUGACUUUAAUUAACAGUCAUUAUUUUAAAUUGAAUAAACUUCUCUUGACCUUUUGUGGAUUGUGGCCUUAUCAAACAAAAUUAAAAAGAAGAAUUAAUUAUACUACUUUUGCAAUCAUAACGUUAUCGAUGAUUUUUUCGCUCGCAGGAGGUAUUCAAUCAGAGUUGAACACGGGAUUUAUGAACAUUUCAGAGUCUAUUAUUGCGUUACUUUUCUUUUCUACUGGUUUUCUCAAAUGUACAAUUUUUUAUAACCAAAGAAAUCAGUUAAAAAUAUUAUAUGAACAAACCGCCCAUGAUUUGAAGAAAAUGACUCACCAUUUAGAACGUGAUAUAUUACAAGCAUUUUUAUUGGAAGCUAGAAAUUUCAAUGUUGUGUCCUUAGUUUAUUCUAUCCCGAUCUACAUUGUAUUUGCUAUCGCCACAUAUCUUCCACAAGUAUUUGGAUUCACCAAUGAAUCUGCAAAAUAUGAGCUACAUUUUUUUCUUUACUAUAAACCUAUGAUAAUUCAUGAAAGCGUGCAAGAUUUGCAGGUGCUUAUUCAUGCAACUAUUAGUACAAUAUAUGUAGGUUCAGCAUACCUUUGUGUCAGCGCUACGUAUAUAUCAAGCGUCAAACAUGUUUGCGCUCUGUUUGAAAUCGCACGUUACAGAUUAAAAAAUGUAAUAGUAGAUCAUAGCAACAAUAAUCGACGGGGAUUAAUGAAAAAUGCAUCAGUUAUUUCUAAUUUGAUUAAAGUAAUUGAUAUCCAUGAAAAAGCUCUAAGGGGAGUACAAAGAAUUGACAACGUUUUUAAUGCCAGUCUUUUUAUCCUCGAGGUUACAGCUUUAUCUGCGGUUACCAUUCUUAUAUUUCACCUGAAUUAUCAUCAAGGAAAUUUUCGCCAGAUGACGCGUUAUUCAACAAUACUAUCCGCUUUCGUUUCGUACUUAUUUUUUUGUAAUUGGUUUGGAGAACAAGUUAUACAAUCGUGCAACGAUAUUCGCGAAACAGCAUAUAAUGUCAAUUGGUAUAAUAUGUCUUUAAGAGCUCGAAUGUUUGUACUGAUGAUUAUGCAACGUACUUUGAAGCCUGUUCAUUUGACAGCCGGAACCGUAGUUAUCUUGUCGAUGGAAAACUUUUCAGCGUUUUUAAAGACUGCAUGGUCAUUUGGAACCUUACUGCUAACUACCCAAAAGCCAUCACCCAAAGAGAAUUCAAUUUUCUUUGAAUAUUGA